GAUGAUCCGCUUGUGGAAGGUUUCCGAGUCACUCUUAAACGCAGUGAUAUCGCUACACUUGGUAAUCUGAACUGGCUCAACGACGAGGUAUGUUUUGAAAUUAAACGAAACAAAUCAUCGUAUUUAACUUUUCACGUAACUAUAUGUAGAAAGCCUCGGGUCUCAGGUAUUAUCCUGUAUUUAUUUAAGUCAACGAUAAUUAUUGUACUCUAAAAAAUUUAUUUCCUGAAUUAAUUUGUUCCUUUUUUUAUAGGUCAUCAACUUCUACUUCAACCUGUUAGUGGAAAGAAGUAACCAACAAGGCAAAGUUAAAGUGCAUGCGUUCAAUUCGUUCUUUUAUCCCAAACUCAUCAAGUCCGGCUAUGCAAGUCUUAGGCGUUGGACAAAGAAGGUAAUGCGAAUUCCAGCAGUGAAUUGCUACUCUGUGGUUGCCACAGGUCAGCAGAUCCUGAAAGGGUAUUCCCGGGACCUGGGAUUUGACCAAAAUACAAUCGGGAUUCGAGAAAACGAUUACGGGGUACGGGAUUGGCAAAUAAAUAGAUAUUCGGGAUAGUGAUGACAAGUUAGCCGCAACAAAUGAACCAGUGAAUAGCACUGGAUAUCCGGAGUUUGAGUUGCCAAUCAGAGCGCGCGAAAAACACUAUCCAUUGUUUAAGUAUGUACUAAAAACAUAUAUCAAUAAAAGUCUGACGUACUUUAUACCCAUUUCCCUUUAUUAGCCAUGAAACAGUACAGUAUGUAACUCUAUGCUUUGUCCCGAUUAUACAUGUCUCACGAGAACAGGCUGAAUUAUUUGUAGUUAGUACUUCCCGUCCUACGGUAAUAACUGACUUAUUUAUCUAUCUACUUUAUUUCCAGGUUGAUAUAUUUGCUAUGGAUUUAGUCCUUGUUCCUGUUCAUUUAGGAAUGCAUUGGUGUUUAGCGGUGAGAAUUCACUUU